AGAAUUACGCUCUCAUUUCAUAAUUUUUAUAGGAAUUAACAAUUUUAUGUAUAGAGAUGUCGUCCAUAUGUUUCAUCUGCGAACUACCGAUUCUUUCGCACCAGACGUGGGAUACAUGGACUCAACCCCAAGCCCUCGGAUGUCAACAAGAUUUAGCCAAUAUAUACCACGAAGACUGUCUUAAUUGCUGUGUUUGUGUCGCCAGAAUCAAACAGGGCAAUGGAUCGGCCAAAAGGCACGGCAACAAAGUCUACUGUGUUUUACAUUACGGAGACAUAUGUGGUCUGACGGGCGGCGAAGACUUUAUGGGAAAACUGAAAGAUUUUAAGCGUCAAAGUCUGGGAUGUGCUGAAGCCCGCAGGAAAAGCAGCACAACCUUAUCUUUUCCCGUUCCCGUCCAGGCCUGUCCGGGUUCUCCUUAUUGUUCUGGAUUUCCACACGACGUGAAGCCAACUGCCGGCUAUUGGAUUGAGUGUAAGGGCGGAACAGAUUUCGCGAAUCGAGACAAUGAAACGGAACAUGAAAUUGAUUUAAAGACGAGGAAAGAAAGCAUAACUCUUAUGACAGGAGACCUGAGUUCAUACAAACCACAGCCGCCGACCCCUACCGUAGAAGUGGUGUUAACUCGUCCGCGAUUUGAAAGACAAGACUCGACGAAAUCAACGAACGACGACUACUUCAGCCAAGACUCGUAUAACUUCUUGCAGGUCGAGAGCCAAAGGCCUAAAACCAAAGACGACAUUGAAUUAUACCGAAAGCCAUUCGUACCUCCCGUGACGCCUAACAUAACAAUCACUAUAGUCCAGCCCACAUCACCGCCUGCCAGCCCUCCGGCGCCAUCACCGCCUCCGCCAUCGUCUCAGUCUAACUCAAACCAACCGCAGACCAAAGAGAGCGACGAUCCGUACGAAUUGAUAUCGUUUGAAGAGGAGAUCUUUGAGAAGCACUACUACGGACGCGAGCACUGGAACUACUUCACCAACGAUGAGGCGUUGGGACCCGUCAUCCUUAGCCUUAAACAAGAGAUGCUCGGCAAUCGCGACCAGUUUAGGAUACUAUUGCGGACCAUAUCCUACUCAAUGCACGGAUUAGUUCCCGCGUCCGCCAUAUUCGCCGACCGUUACGAUAGGGAGGCAGUGGUCAGAGCGCUGGGCAAUGAGGCCGGCCUUAAGCCUCCCCUAGCGUUGGGUCAGUUGCCCUCCACUUCCGACGAAUUACUUAAAUUAGAUCAAGUCUUCAUUAAAUCCGAAUUAAAAGUUGGAGUCAUUUAUAUCAAAGCAAAUCAAGUGAACAGUGAAGAGAUGAUUCUGAGUAACAAAACGGAGUCACAUCUCUUCGCUGAAUUCCUGGGAAUACUCGGCGACAGAAUCAGGUUAAAGGGUUUCGACAAAUACAAGGGAGGACUGGAUACGGUGCACGACCUGACGGGAACCGAAUCCGUUUACACGGCCUUCAAGAACAUUGAGAUCAUGUUUCACGUGUCAACUAUGCUUCCACACGAAGAGUCUGAUCCACAGAAACUUCAAAAGAAGAGACAUAUCGGCAAUGAUAUCGUUUGCGUCGCGUUUCUCGAGGCAGAGGAGGCGCCCUUUUGGCCCGGAUGCAUAAAAUCCCAUUUUUUACACACAUUUAUUGUGGUCCGUACGAGUCCUAAGCCUAUAGAAGCGGGAGAGACGCGGAAGUACUCGGUGUCUGUCGUCUGCAGAGACGAAGUGUCAGCGUUUAAGCCCUAUCUGUGGCACGAAUCAGAGUUUGAAAAAGGCUCUCAUUUCAGAGAGUGGUUACUGACGAAGAUUAUCAACGGAGAGAGAGCCAGCUAUUCGGCGCCUAAGUUCGCCAGAAUGCAGGACCGGACACGGAGUCAGAUGUUGGAAGACAUUGUAAAUAAUUUAGCCAAUCAUUUAGCAACGGGUCAAAUACCAAAGCCCUACCGACGCGGCAGUUGGAGACCAAUAGGACAUAUGAGGCCAUCGAGUCCUCUGUUGGACAGUGUUAGGGAUCUGUUUGAAGGGUACGACCAAAUAGCAAAGGACUUCAAUAAUGCCUUUUAUGGAAACGCGAAGCUCUUGUGCGACGUUGUCUUCAAUGUGAUGGGAUCUCCUGUGAAUGGCGGACAUGAGAAUCAAGUCAGACGUAUAUACGCUGUCAGAGCCAUUCUGGCCAUAAGAAGUCGAGUCUUCCUGGAAAUGCUGUACGGUUUCGCUCCCCCGCGGGGACAGACGGGAGCUGAGGGACAGAUCGUUGCGCACACGACCUCCAUAUCGACCACAAUUACCACGACUGGAGGCGCACAACAAACCAAUAAUCAAGAAAAGAAGGUUAAGAAAAGGGAUAGCAUUACAGAACAGGCCAAGAAUGCUAUCACCCAAGUGUUGAUCCCCCCGAAGAUCAUUGCGCCGAACGCUGACAAAGACAAGGAGAAGAAGAAGGAAAAAGACAUUAGGAAAGCGUCGUCAGCCUCCACAAUGUCGACGGCACCUCCAGCACAAAAAACUCCUACAUAUCUUACAGUUCCCGGAGCCAGCGGUGGCGGUGUGUUCAAGACAUUCAAGACGUUUAUGUCCGGCUCGUGGAGUGGUUGGGGCAGUAAGGGUAGGAACGACAGUAUGAAGCGAUGGCAGAGCGAGUCAUUUUACGCCAAACUCGAGAGCACGGGCGUGGAAGUGCCCGGCCUUUCAGUCUGUGCGGAUGUGGCGAAGAUUGACAGAACAAAACUCGCACAAAAUGAGUUCACAAUAAUCGAGUUCGACGGGGACACCUUUCAACUGUUGAUUGAAUACCUGCACUCCGGGUCGUGUCCCAUCACAUGUGAUACCGUUCCCGGACUGAUAUGUGCGGCCGAGCACUUUGAUUUGCCGGACCUCUUGCAGGCGUGCUUUCAUCACACGAAGACACACCUGAAGUUGAAUGUAGUGCCGCGUAUGUUAAACCAAUUGGAGAACUACUACUGGCGAUACACCAGUGCGAGCCAACUGGUCAACACAAUACUGAAUUACGUGGAUCCCAGAGCCAACGCACUGUUCGCUCGUCAGGAAUACUUACAAUUAAGUGAAUCCAUGUUACAGACGAUACUCACGCGACAGAACGUCAACUUAAGUGAAACCAAGAAAUUUCAGGUUAUGUUUCAGUGGUCUGUACACAAAGUCAAGACCGACAGACUCGCAGACCGGCCCCAGAACGACAAACUCCAGACAACCCGUGUUAAUGAACUGCAGGCUAUUAUGAACCGAAUGACUCGCGAUCUCAAACUGCAUAAAAUACCGCCACAGGAUCUCAUUAAGAUAGUACUGCCAUCGAAGACAAUCAGUCACGAGAGGAUAUUAGCGACACUUCUAUAUCAGGCGGACUCCGGGAUAUAUCGCAACUCAGAAUUCGGCAAUUGAUGUCUUUGUUGUCCAUAUUGUUGUCACAAAUUGAUUGAUAGAGAGUUUUCAUACCGUCAAAUGAAACAAAUACCAGUUAUGAGUCGCAAACGAUUACAAUAUAAAUAUAUAAAUAUACAGUAUAUAAAAACAAA